AUGACACACACAGUUGGCCUCGAUGAAACGACGAUAAACCCAUCUGCCAUCUCCAAUGUAUGGUGGAAAUUCACGACCGCCGAGGGUGCCACGACCCCCAAAUCCGGCCGGUACCCCAACUUCGUCUUUGCCAUGCUGCCACGGCUGAAGAAGAAGUGUGAGGAUCUCAGCAAGCAUGGCAAGGCACUCAUUGUCGAAUACAUGCAUGACUUCUGCGAUAAGAAGACUACUCAUGGAAAGGUCCCGGUUCGAAUCCUGAGGCGGGCUGGACUGUCAUUGACCGCCGGUCGUGAUAUCACACCUCGUUGA